GCGAGCAGGCCGGCGGGCGGGUGCGUCAGCGUCUGAAGGAAGUCUCGCGGUGUAUGCAUUCGAAUCGUUUGGCGGGUGACGAAAAUGGCGGCGUCACUCCCGCGACUCAGGAAUCGGCUCUUAAGAACGUAUGGGACUGCGGGCGGCUGGGGGUUGCGGCGGCGGCCAGGCCGGGCAGUUGCUCAGUGGUUCCCGCCGCAAGAUCCGAAGCGUUUCUUCAGCAGCAGCAGUAGCAGCAACGCCAGCAGCGAGGAACCCUCGCAGUCUGUCGCUUCCGACGAUUCUGAUGACCCCGACUUCUCCGGCAGCCAGGUGGGUCAACGGCGGAGGCGCGCUGGCGGUCGAAUCUCCAAGGACCGGCCGAGCCCGAUCGUGACCCCAAGACGCCUGAGGCUGCGAUCUCGGCCCCCGCAGAAGUGCAGCACUCCCUGCGGCCCACUCCUACCGCCGCCCUUCCCCAGCAGCAACCCGGGCCGCCUCAGCCCGGACCUCAGUGUGUGCAGCCAGCCAAGGGACGGUGGCGAGCUGGGCAACAGUGCCUCUCUGUUCAGCCUUCUGGCCUCUCCCGGCCCCGGCUCUGCGUCCCCAGAGCCAGGAGACAGUGUCAUCUGUACUGGCCCUUCCGCUUUUCCGGAUGCAGCCUCUAAGGUUCCCAGAGACUCCCACCUCCCAGCCGCUUCUCUGGACCAACCACCUCACCCCUGCUCCCAGGAGGCAGCAGCGGGAGGAGGAGGAGGGUUCACCGGGUUGGCCCACCAAGCCUGUGCCAGCCUCAAGUCAGUUUUCUUGAGUGUUAUGGACUCAGGAAACCCUGAGGAUUCUGAGUUUGGGGCAGAUGGGAAGAAUAUGAGGGAGGCCUGCUGUGAAAGGGAACUGGUGGGGAAAAGGAUGGACAGCCUAGGUUUAUCAAGCAUCCAUAAGAAGAGGGCCACAGACCAGGACUCUUGUCAAGAGAUUGAGGCUCAAGGGGCUGUACAGAGAGAAUAUGAGGAGGCCAGUGGAUGCCAGGGUUGUGUUGUACCUGGAGAAGUCAACAGACCUGAGAGAACUGGGUCAAGCCAGAAAAGGAAACAUCAGGAGGCAACAGAAACCUCCCUCCUCCAUUACCACCAGUUUAAAAAGAGCCUAAAGGUAGAAAAAGACUCUUUCCUCACCCAGGACCUGACUCAUUUACAGAAUGACUGCUCUUGGACCAAAGCCAGGGCUUCCUUCAGUUUCCACAAGAAGAAGGUUGUGACUACUGUGUCAGAAGCAUGCAGCAGCUACGCCAUUGCCAGUUCUCUCUCUGGCUCCCUCAUAUCAGAAUAUUCAAACCCUCCUGUCACGAACAGAACAAACAGUGCUCUGUCCCCUUGGCACUCCUCUUCCAUGUAUUUGCUAACCCCCUUAAAGACACUACAUGUCACAGACAAAAAGGCGUCUGAUGCUGAAAAGGUUUACAGGGAAUGCAACCAGGAGGGUCCUAUCCCCUUUAGUUACUGCCUUUCCACAGAAAAACUGGAAUGCUGUGAGAAGAUUGGGGAAGGGGUGUUUGGCGAAGUAUUUCGAACAAUUGCUAAUCAUAUACCUGUAGCUCUAAAAAUCAUUGCUGUUGAAGGACCAGAUUUAGUCAAUGGAGCCCAUCAGAAAACUUUUGAGGAAAUCCUGCCAGAGAUCAUCAUCUCCAAAGAGUUGAGCCUCUUGUCUGAUCAGGUAUGCAACAGCACCGAAGGCUUUAUUGGGCUGAACUCAGUGCACUGUGUUCAAGGAUCUUACCCUCCCUUGCUCCUCAGAGCCUGGGAUCACUAUAACUCAACCAGAGGGUCUGCAAAUGACCGCCCUGACUUUUUUGAAGAAGACCAGCUCUUCAUUGUGCUGGAAUUUGAGUUUGGAGGGACUGACUUAGAGCAAAUGAGAAAGGAGUUGUCCUCCAUAGCUACUGCAAAGAGCAUUCUACACCAAAUCACCGCAUCCCUUGCUGUGGCAGAGGCAUCACUGCACUUUGAGCACCGAGACCUACACUGGGGGAACGUGCUCUUAAAGAAAACCAGCCUCAAAGAGCUCCACUACACCCUCAACGGGAAGACAAGGACUAUCCCCAGCCGUGGACUGCAAGUCAACAUCAUUGACUACACCCUGUCACGCUUGGAGCGGGAUGGGAUCAUGGUUUUCUGUGACAUUUCCAUGGAUGAGGACCUAUUUACAGGUGAAGGUGAUUACCAGUUUGAGAUCUACAGGCUAAUGAGGAAGGAGAACAACAACUGCUGGGGUGAAUAUCACCCUUAUACUAAUGUGCUCUGGCUACAUUACCUUACUGAUAAAAUUCUGAAAGAAAUGACCUUCAAGACUAAAUGUAACACCCCUGCCAUGAAGCAAAUGAGGAGACAGAUUCUGUAUUUCCAUAAGACAAUGCUGAACUUCAGCUCUGCCACAGACCUGCUCUGCCAACACAGACUAUUUCAGUAAAUCAAAGGUACCUUCGUGCCCCAAACUGAGAGGCCACUAGCCUUGACACCUCAGGUGCAAUCUCUAUCCCAAGAGCAGGGUGGAAUUCCCAUUCUUCCAUGUUUUCAGUCAGCUUUUCAAACAAUUUUGUUUCCAAAUGGAAACUGAAACGUUUGUGGAAAUAUUUAAACAAGAAAUGUUCUUAAAAUACAAACUACACAUGAGAACAAGUGUUCACAAGUUAUAAGCCCUCUUUCAGCAGAGUCCAUUCUGUAAGUUUCCAUAUUUUCAUUUUCGAGCCUUAACACUUUAUGUAGCCUGAGCAAAAAAAAAAAAAAUUCAAGAAAGCCCACAGCCUCAGCUGUCUUACUGAUCAGAGCCUGUUACUGUAGGUAUCAUAAGGCUGGCAUUGGGAGCCAUACUACAAAUGAGUCAACAGAACAAAGAGGCUGAAGCAAGGCAGAGACCAAGACAGACUGGAGGGAGAGAGGAAAGGAAGGUGGUAGACAGUUUACAGGGAGACAUUCAAGGAAGGCCACAUGUUUAUCAAGCUCAUUUGCCAAUCAAAGAAAAGCAGAAUUUAUCGAUUUUCAACGGGAAAAUAAAUGUCUCCAUGGCUACUAAAAAGG